AUGGCUGCUAUAAGCAAAUAUAUACGUGCUGGAUCAUUUGGCAGUUUAAUAUUCACCAUAUGGUUGGCAAACAGUUUGUUUUGGAUUCAGUUGUUUGGCAAUGAAUUUCUAUCUAAUUUAGCGAACCCUCCGUUGCGUUCAAUAAACAGCAUCGAAGAUAUAGGGCCCGAAAUUACGUACCAAGAUAAAUAUUCUUACAACAUUUAUGAUCCAGAAAUGAUUAAGAAAAUUUACCAUGGUAACUACGUGUUUAUAUUGGCAGAAGCUCACCUUGGUAUCUUUGCCCGACUUCACCCGACCCUAGCAUUUCAUAAGUCAAGUGAGAACUCCAUGUUGACGAUCAUGGCUGAGACUGGUCAAACUUUAGACCGUAAUAGAUUUGGUGAUAAACUAAUACGUGAUCAUUUCGAUGAUAAUGACCAGGAUAGUUCUGAUACGGAUUUCUCACAUUGGAUCCCAACAUGUUACAUUAAUAAAAUAAAUACCGAAAUCAAUGUGUGGGGCAGAUGUGGUCGACCGGCACUACCACUACAUGCGGUGCUCACAGGCAUAGCUGCGGAACAGAAAUAUUUCAACGAUAACCAAACGGUGCGAAUCGAGUGCAGAGGUAAUGGCAAUGAAUUUCCAUACUAUGGACAGCAGAUACAGUGCCGAAGUGGCCAAUGGACUGGACCCUCAAUUCAUUGUGGUAAAGUAUAUACUAAAGUUUACUAUGGUCGCAUACUUAGUGCCCAACUGAUUAACCUGGAUAUAUACGACUGCAGCCAAACACUAGUCAUAUCACAACCAAUAGUGAUGGACGUCGACGACGGGGACAGCGCCGACGGACACCUCUACCGACAAACACUGCACCGUAACUCCUAUCACAUGUCGCGGGUAGGGGUGAACACAGACGUGGGCGCCGACGGCCAGUCCUGUUACCAAUUUAGGUUUAGUUUCAACGAGUCGGUCAACAUUUGGUACAUGUUUUUGGGUAUUGCCUAUCGAUUUGAGCAAAACCAUACCCAACAGUCAUGGGUGUUGCCAACUGUCCGGCCGUAUAUUAAUAAAUACAGGAUUUGCCAAACAUUGCGUACCAGUGCUACCAGUUCGACAACAUCUGGCAACUCUACAUACUAUCUCAACGGAUAUUAUUUUGUUUGCGAUGUGAUUGUAGCCGAUAUAUUGCCGCUCGACGAUAGAGUCGAUACUAUCGAUGUGAUUAUCGAUACAGAGGGUCGGGUGGCAGAGGUGUCAAUUGACGGCCUUUACCUUGUACAAACACUGGACACUAGACUAAACCCGCCAAAAACAGAUAAACCAAUACAAAACUGGACAUCUGCCUCAAUAGUUCUAAUGUUGUCCGUAUGGAUGACACUCAGGCGCUACACCCGACGGGUCAGUCGCCAGUUGUCUAUUGCGAGGGAAGCCCUGGUAUUGAAUAGUGGACACAAAUACCGGGUGUCCGUCACCGACACCUUUAACGAGGUCUACGCCGAUAUCACAGAGUAUAACAAAUAUAACGAACCUUACAGUGACAUCAACCAGGAGUUGGACGACCCGGUUUAUAAUAAUCUGAUCACUUCAAGAAGUUUCAUAGUCAAAUACCUAUCGAUCUUGCCCACUAAACAGUGGUUGGAUAAUAAUUUGUAUUCAAAAUAA